CUUCCGGCCACCAUCCCCGUCUCCGAGAGCUGGCUUAGAGAACCCGGAAGCGACUCUUGCUCGGUCCCGCUGCAGCCCGUCGCCGGCCGGGAGCCCUUGUGCAGAUUGAACCUAUAUGCCUGACCAUGCUGAUGUCAGCCUGCCCCCAGAAGACCGGGUCAGAGGUCUUAUUCAAAUGGGGAGCAGUGUGGAGGUGAAUGAAGAUAUUCCACCACGAAGAUACUACCGUUCAGGUGUUGAAAUUAUCCGGAUGGCAACUAUUUAUUCUGAAGAAGGCAACAUCGAACGUGCCUUUAUAUUGUACAACAAAUACAUUACACUAUUCCUAGAGAAACUCCCCAAGCAUCAUGAAUAUAAAACUGCAAUCAUUCCAGAGAAGAGAGAGACAGUGAAAAAGCUAAAAGAAGUUGCAUUCCCUAGAGCAGAAGAGUUGAAAAAGGAGCUUCUAGAAAAAUACAACAAAGAAUAUGCAGAGUAUAAUAUACGGAAGAAGAAGCAAGAGGAGGAAUUUGCACGUAGCUUGGCCCUGCAGCAACAGCUGGAGGAGGAGAGGCAAAGAGUGGCCCGCAUGAAACAGCAGCAGGCUGAACAGGAGCAGUUCCAUGCCUUUGAAGACAUGAUCAGGCGCCAGGAGCUUGAGAAGGAGCGCCUGAGAGUGGUGCAGCAAUUUGGGACAGCAACUACAGACCUCUUGGAGGGGCCCUUAGUAACUGGUGUGCUCAAGCCCCCCACUGACCCCCGAACUCUCAUGUCUGCUGGUCAACCUUUGAGCCCUGGUGGAGGAAGUGGACUGCCAAAGCCACCUAUUGUGGACAGGUCUCUAAAACCUGGAGCUUUGGGAAACUCAGAAAACAAUGCAGUUAUAGAAGGUCUUCGCCACAUCAUUGUCCCCAGGGAGCUCUGUCAUAAAUUUCUGCAGCUGGCAGAUGCAAACACAGCCAGAGGUGUGGAGACAUGUGGGAUCCUUUGUGGGAAGCUGAUGAGGAAUGAAUUCACAGUAACCCACGUCAUUGUUCCCAAGCAGUACGGAGGCCCUGACUACUGCAACACCGAGAACGAGGAGGAGCUCUUCCUAAUCCAGGAUCAGAACAGCCUGAUCACGUUGGGAUGGAUCCACACUCAUCCUACCCAAACUGCUUUCCUUUCCAGUGUGGAUUUGCACACCCAUUGCUCCUAUCAAAUGAUGUUGCCAGAGUCUAUAGCUAUUGUUUGUUCACCAAAAUAUCAAGAGACUGGAUUCUUUAAACUGACAGACCAUGGGAUGGACGAGAUCUCUUCCUGCAGACAGAAAGGGUUCCAUCCCCACUGCAGAGACCCUCCCCUCUUCACGACUUGCAACCAUGUGACCGUCAUGGAACAAGAAGUGGUAGUAUUGGACCUUCGAUAAGACUGCCUUUAUGCCUCUAUCAGCUAUUACUGUCCUUCUUAAAGCUAAUUUAUGGUUGCUUCUCUCACUUUCUAUGCAGUGAUACCCAGAAUCUUACCUGUAACAUCAAAGAAAUGUUGCAUUCUCUUUGAUCACAUGCAAAUAAUAGUUUGGGGCAUCAGAACAUUGAGAUCAGUAAAACAAAAUUAUAAACUGAAAUUAACCUUAACCUUGA